AUGAGGCUGCUCGCGACCAUGUGGUCUCUCAUGCUGAUCAUGAAACUAUUGGACAAAGGUGUUUGCACCACCCAAGGCGACAAUCGAAGCGGCUUUCCGGAAUACCGACUCUUUCCUGCCCAGGUCCAUUCGCAACCCCGGACAUAUGCCGCGGUCGUUUCGCCUCCGAAAGUCGUGCCAAGCCAAGACAACGCUCGGAACGUUUACAGAGUUGGUGCUGGUCAAGCUCAAGAUAGCUCACUCGAAGAGAAUACCUCCCCGCCAAAGGUAGAUCCAAUCACCCGCCCCGAGCACGGCGCUACACUGCCAUCCGACGAAGACUUCUCAGACGCUCUGACGAAUCAACCGAGACUCGCGCACCUCCGACCGCAGACUGAUUCGCUGUUCGGGCCCAGAAUGCCGCCUUGGUCUGCCAUUCCCGAAUCUUGGAACGGCCACAGAUACCUGCAAUUCAAGGUACACCAGUUUCCCAUGGAGGACGGAAGAGCCUACGGACCGUACAAGGUCGGCGUGGGCCAUUACACCUUUCAGAACAAGCCGUACCCUCUCGACAUAAAGUUCUUCCGGGCCUCCUACCAAUUCGGCCCCCUGCAACCAACCAGCUUUGAGCGUUACGAUUGGACGGGAAUGGAUCUGACCGACAACUCGAUCUUCCGACCGGAUCCUGAGCUAUUGAGGCGGGUUCAGCAGCGCAUCGGCGGGUCACUGCGAUUUCACGGGUGGAUGCCGGAACCAGUGGAUACAGUUGCGGGCACUGCGAUGCAGGGCGAGUACCUUUGGCCGCCGAGCCAUCCUCAUCCGUACAGGUUCGAGCUGCAGAUGUCGCAGCGUUCGAGGAAGCUGUUCUUGGGUGGCGCCUUGACAGAGCUGACGAGGCGGCCAGAAAGUUGGCCGACAGCAUGGACCAUGAUACUUCCAGCUACUGAAGGUGAGGCCGAAAGGCGUGUGUUGAUGACGAAUGUCCCUCCGGAGGCCUAUACGGACUUGUCGAGAUCCAAUCGCAGAUCCGACUUUUGGCUGUUCCACGAGGCCGUAUUGGAUGGCCGAAAUUCGAAUCUACCGAGGAUGGCGCUGCUCGGAGGAAUGUUCCUGCCGAAGGGCGCGUCAAAUAUCUUGCAGCACGAAGGUUUCAUCCGUCCUGCCGUCAACCACCUUCUUCGCUACCAUGUGGCUUAG